CAGUAGGCGCUUCCCAAGAUAGCGCUGCGCAAUCUUGGUGUUUUAACCUAGAAUCUGCAAAGAGCAUCAAGGUCGGAAAUCCGCCCUGGUCCACUUUUGCUUUGAAUUUCAGGUAACUGUUCUCCUCUCUCCACGUACUUGGAAGGAGACCUCACUUCCUGGCUGUCCCUUCCUCGCUGUCCUCAGUGUGUGGGCUUUCUCGACUGAGCUGCCAUUUCCACCUGGAGGUCUGGGUCUGCUGGCCACAGGGCUGCUCUCCAGGCUGUGACUGCUGACUUGGCCAGGAGACCUGGCAGCUGUGGACUCCCCAGCUUGGAACAGCCUCUCUUUGACCUCACAUGGUGGAGAAGCAGCCCCAUGAAGGUGCCCAGCCAUGCAAUGUUCCUGGAAGGCUGUCCUCCUCCUUGCCCUGGCCUCCAUCGCCAUCCAGUACACAGCCAUCCGCACCUUCACGGCCAAGUCCUUCCACACCUGCCCUGGGCUGGCCGAGGCCGGGCUGGCGGAGCGGCUGUGCGAGGAGGGCCCCACCUUCGCCUAUAACCUCUCCCGCAAGACCCACAUCCUCAUCCUGGCCACCACGCGCAGUGGCUCCUCCUUCGUGGGCCAGCUCUUUAACCAGCACCUGGACGUCUUCUACCUGUUUGAGCCCCUCUACCACGUCCAGAACACGCUCAUCCCCCGCUUCACGCAGGGCAAGAGCCCCGCGGACCGGCGGGUCAUGCUGGGCGCCAGCCGUGACCUCCUGAGAAGCCUCUACGACUGUGACCUCUACUUCCUGGAGAACUACAUCAAGCCGCCGCCCGUCAACCACACCACCGACAGGAUCUUCCGCCGUGGGGCCAGCCGGGUGCUGUGCUCUCGCCCCGUGUGCGACCCUCCGGGCUCCGCGGACCUGGUCCUGGAGGAGGGGGACUGCGUGCGCAAGUGCGGUCUGCUGAACUUGACGGUGGCCGCGGAGGCCUGUCGGGAGCGCAGCCACGUGGCUAUCAAGACAGUGCGGGUACCUGAGGUGAACGACUUGCGGGCCCUGGUUGAAGACCCCCGGUUAAACCUCAAGGUCAUCCAGCUGGUCCGAGACCCGCGUGGCAUCCUGGCUUCCCGCAGCGAGACCUUCCGCGACACGUACCGGCUCUGGCGGCUGUGGUACGGCACCGGGAGGAAGCCCUACAACCUGGACGUGACGCAGCUGACCACGGUGUGCGAGGACUUCUCCAACUCCGUGUCCACCGGCCUUAUGCGCCCGCCGUGGCUCAAGGGCAAGUACAUGCUGGUGCGCUACGAGGACCUGGCCAGGAACCCCAUGAAGAAGACCGAGGAGAUCUACGGUUUCCUGGGCAUCCCCCUGGACAGCCACGUGGCGCGCUGGAUCCAGAACAACACGCAGGGAGACCCCACCUUGGGCAAGCACAAAUAUGGCACCGUGCGAAACUCGGCGGCCACAGCCGAGAAGUGGCGCUUCCGCCUCUCCUAUGACAUCGUGGCCUUUGCCCAGAACGCCUGUCAGCGGGUGCUGGCGCAGCUGGGCUAUAAGAUGGCCACCUCGGAGGAGGAGCUCAAGAACCCCUCCAUCAGCCUGGUGGAGGAGCGGGACUUCCGCCCUUUCUCGUGACGAGGGCUCCGUGGGUGGGGGCGAGGGGCACAUGGUGUCGGUUUUGAUAAAAUGGACCGUUUUUAACUGUUGCCUUAUUUCCCCUUCACUCUCCCACCCGGUCUUUGUGUCCUACCUGCCCCCCUCCCCUCUUCUGCCUCUCUUUGUCUCUGAAAUUUGCACUACGUCUUGGACAGGAAUCACUGGGGGCAGAGGGGAUGUGAAGUGGGGUCCAGCCCCCACCCCACCCCACCCAUUCAGACAUGCUGAUAUUGGGUCUCUGGUGGACGGUGACAAUGUUUACAAGCACCACACUUCUACAUUCACAUACACGCGCGCGCACACACACACACACACACAAACUCACACACACACACAGGCGCCCACGAGGAGAGACACCCCAAACCACACAACUUCUGAAGCAUUUUGAAUGGGCGAGUGGUCAGGGUAUGGUAGUUUUUGCACUGUCUUACUGCUACAAGGUAAGAGGUUAAAAUCAAAAAGGCCACCUCUCUCUAAUUUGUGUCUAUCUCUCCCCAUCCUGCUUCAGUUCCCAAUGCCUACUGCCCCCUUUGGAGCAGAGAAACUGCCCCCUCCUGCCUGCCCUUGCCUGCCGGUGAGCAGGUUUUUACUGUGAGGUGAAUGUGGACCUUGUUUAUUUUUUCCAGUCUGUGGCAAUGCUAUUUGUCUGUCUGUCUCUGAGUUUUGUGGCUGCCCCGGACCAGUGAUGACUGAUAAAUGUUAUGGGUUUCUGAUCGAUCUUGGGGUCCAUCUGUGAUAUUUCUUUGUGCCAAAAAGAAAAAAAAGAGUGGUUCAGUUUGCUAAUGAACAUUGAAAUGCAUUAUCUGUGUUUUCUGUAAAUAAAAGAGUGCUGUAAUGUC